UCUGAGCCCUGCUGCUUCUGCUGAAGGCGGAGGCUCCAUGUUGUCUCCUCAGCGAGCGGUAGCGGCUGCCUCGGGAGGAGCAGGUGAUGCCAUGGAGAGUGGAAAGCCUGGUCCAGUGCAAGUUGUUUUGGUUCAUAAAGACCAACAUUCCUUUGAGCUGGAAGAGAAGGCCUUAGCCAGCAUCCUCUUGCAGGACCACAUUCGAGACCUUGAUGUGGUGGUGGUGUCAGUGGCUGGUGCCUUCCGAAAGGGCAAGUCCUUCUUUCUGGACUUUAUGCUUCGAUACCUAUAUUUCCAGAAAGAAGGUGGCCAUUCAAAUUGGUUAGGUGAUGCAGAAGAACCAUUAACAGGAUUUUCAUGGAGAGGGGGCUCUGACCCAGAAACUACUGGGAUUCAGAUCUGGAAUGAAGUUUUCACUGUGGAGAAGCCAGGUGGGAAGAAGGUCGCAGUUGUUCUGAUGGAUACCCAGGGGGCAUUUGACAGCCAGUCCACUGUGAAAGAUUGUGCUACCAUCUUUGCUCUAAGCACCAUGACUAGUUCUGUUCAGAUUUAUAAUUUGUCUCAGAACAUUCAGGAAGAUGAUCUUCAACAGCUACAGACACUGAUGUUUUUGGUUCGAGACUGGAGCUUCCCUUAUGAAUACAGCUAUGGACUACAGGGAGGAAUGUCAUUUUUAGAUAAGCGUCUACAGGUGAAGGAACAUCAGCAUGAAGAAAUUCAGAAUGUCCGAAAUCACAUUCAUUCAUGUUUCUCCAAUGUCACCUGUUUUCUUCUGCCACAUCCAGGACUCCAGGUGGCCACAAGCCCUGAAUUUGAUGGGAAAUUGAAAGAUAUUGCCAGUGAAUUCAAAGAACAGUUACAGAUACUGAUACCAUAUGUAUUAAACCCAGCAAACUUAAUGGAAAAGGAGAUCAAUGGCUCAAAAGUCACCUGUCGGGGGCUGUUGGAGUAUUUUAAGGCAUACAUUAAAAUUUACCAAGGAGAAGAUCUGCCUCACCCCAAAUCCAUGCUUCAGGCCACUGCUGAGGCCAAUAAUUUAGCAGCUGCAGCCUCUGCCAAGGACAUUUAUUACAACAACAUGGAAGAGGUGUGUGGGGGAGAGAAACCUUACUUGUCUCCAGACAUUCUAGAGGAGAAGCACUGUGAAUUCAGACAAUGUGCUCUGGACCAUUUUAAGAAGACCAAGAAGAUGGGUGGGAAGGAUUUUAGCCUUCGUUACCAGCAGGAGCUGGAGGAGGAAAUCAAGGAACUCUAUGAGAACUUCUGCAAGCACAACGGUAGCAAGAACAUCUUUAGCACCUUCCGAACCCCUGCAGUGCUCUUCACAGGCAUCGUGGCCUUGUACAUAGCUUCGGGCCUCACUGGCUUCAUUGGGCUGGAGGUUGUGGCCCAGCUGUUCAACUGUAUUGUUGGACUGCUUCUAAUAGCACUUCUCACCUGGGGGUACAUCAGGUAUUCUGGUCAGUAUCGUGAGCUGGGUGGAGCUAUCGAUUCUGGAGCAGCUUAUGUACUGGAGCAGGCUACUUCUCAUAUUAGUAAUUCCACUCAGGCUGCUGUGAGGGAUGCAGUUGUUGGGAGACCUGCCAUGGAUAAAAAAGCUCAAUAACAUCUUAACAAGAGGAUCCAACAGGAACCCAACCAGUCCCUACUGAUUUCUGCGUUUCUGCUGCAGCCACAGGAUCAGGUCCAGAGGAAUGUAGAUCUGGGACCAUCCAUGAGGAGCUGAACAUGGCACCAAUAAAUGAGCAGACCUUUCCUGUGGUUUCAAACUCUUAGACAUACUUCCAUUUCUGUUGGAAGCAUUUCUUUUUCUUUGCUGAUGAUAUAGAUCCAAGCCUGUGUCUGUUUUCUUAUUACUCUCUGCUUUGUGCACUUUAUGGGGGAAAAGCUAAAGGAAAAAAUGGACAUGCAGUUUUAAGUCCUUUAUGUGCCACUUAGUGCCUUUUAAAAUUGAAUCCGUGCUUUUGCGGGCAUGAUAGGGAAGGAUUGAGGAUAGCCUCGUGAAAGACGUUGUUGGGGGUGAAACUCGUCAGUUCUUUUGUACCUUACUCUAUUAAGAAGGAUUCCUUUUUAAAAGUUUACAAAACUUGCAAAAGCUUCAGAACUAAGGACUGAAAAUGAAUCCAUUACACUUUAAAAAUCUUACAAUAUUAGGGAAUCUUGCCUGCCACAUAGUGUGGAAAAAUCAUAUCAUGUUUAAAUCUACCAUUCACUGAAAUUUCAGGUCUUUUACCUGACAGACUGUCAGUUUUGUUGGAACACAUUCUUUGCUUUAUUGCUUUUAUUCCUAUACCUUCUUUUUAGAAAAGAGCAAACAAUGCCUUGAAAAGUCAGAGAGGCUCAUAAUAAAAGGAAUGAACUUGAUAAUUUAAGAAGAAAGCUAGAGUUUAAAUGAACCAUGUGACCUCUGAGAAGUCACUUGAACCUGUGCCUUGGUCAGUUUCACUGUUCGUGGGUUUAUAUUCGUAUAUGUAUUAUACACUACUCUCACACAAUUGUCAUUUGAGAGGUUUUGUUUUUGAGAGUUCUACAUAAGAGCAAAACGAUUAUGAAUUAGAGGAAAGACAUUACCGAACAUCACUGCCUUUAAGUGAUGUCCUAUUGCGCGUGACUUAGCAGUAAAUCAGGUCUUUAUCCAAAACGUUUAUUUGCAUUCUGCUAUGCACUAAUAUUUUUAAUAAUAGAGCUAAAACUGUCCGUUUUAUUUAGUGAGUCUUUAUUUAACUGUACUUGACCUAUCGGGUAGCUUUAAAAUAGCUUUGGCUUAGUAAGAACCAAAGUCCCACCCAAAUAUGGACAAUGCCUAGAAGUAGCUAAGAAUUUUUUUUUAAUUACCUUGAUUAUGUGAUAAAAACUUUUUUUUUUAAUCUGUAGUUGCCUUUUUCUUUGUUUUAUAAUGGUGAAUUAUUGUGGAUUUAAAAACUCCUAAAAUUUGCCUGCAAAUAUUUGUAUAAACUUUCAGGUAUGUGAGCCUUAAUUUUAAAGAUAAUUUAAUUUUUGUGGGAGGGAUGUAGGAAGGCCUAGGCAAAAUCUGAGUAAAUUCUCUAUAUAUAAAGUAUGAAUGGAAGGUGGGAAAAAGAAAGUUUCUUCUAGCAUAUAAUCUAUUAAAGAAUUUUUUGACUACUUUAACUCUUAACCAUUUAAGUAUUUUUGUAAGUCCUGAGUUAAUUCCAAGCAUUUUAUAUUUUUCUCAUAUUUACAUAUCAUCUUGCCCCAAAAUUUUUACUAUUUUAUUCAUUUCCAGAAUUUUAGAAAAAUUCCAGUUUGUUCUAAAAACUGUUUACUUGCAUAUCAGUGAUGCUUAGCUUUGGCUGUUAAAUUGAAAGCUUAGUUUUGAAAAUAUAGUGCAUUUUCAGUGGCCUUUCAUUUUCCUGAAGAUUCAUACUUAUUAGCUAAAUGCCUUACAGAUAUUAAUUAAAAACAAACCUACAAAAUCACUAGAGUUCAAAUUGAAAGCAUCAAUAUGAUGGAUGAUAUUUCACUAGAACUAAAUUGCUGAUACUGGGUUUAAUAAACCUACUAUUUGCAUGUUUUACUUUUUGCUAAAAAGCCUUACUGAUGCAUUUUAUAAGCAUAUAAAUAUAGAUUUCAGAAUAAUUGUCUAGAUUGAUCCUACUUUUAAUGGUAAGAAAAGGAUGAUGUGUCUAAAACUUAUUUUAAUACUGAGUAUUAGAAUUUUAAAAAUAAACUCCACGAUAAUGUAUGAUUUAAUGAAAUUUUAGGAUUGAUUUACUGUUUAAAUCCACCAUUUCUGUUUUGAUCUUAAAGUAAUAAUUUGGUUUAAUUACCCCGGGGCAGCCUUCUUUUUUUUCAGUCUUUAUUAGUUAACAUAUUCUGCCUUUGAAAAGUGUUUAUCAAGUUUUCUCAGAGGAUUCUUAUGAGUUUUCUUUUGCCUCUUUUCUCUCUCAACAGUGAAUUGAUGAUUUUAUAUUGGCUUUUUCAAUAAAAGAUGCAUUCUCAUUACUGGCCUAAAUAGUCCUGGGGAGACUUAUAACCAGGUUGAAAAGAAUGUUUUUUACCUCUUAACUUCUCUCAGCCUUUAAUUUGUGGGUCAGGGACAUUACUUAGGAGCUCAGACUCUGUUUGCUUAGUGUUUGUUACUCUGAUACUCCUGGCUAGCCUUUCCACACAGCAUUAAAAAAAAAAAAAAUGUUUUAUAUUGAUUUUU